AACAACUGCGAGACUUAUCGUAAUGGAAACACAUCCACCAGCGCACGCGCGUUUUAAGGAGAACGAGUCUGGUAGCCGGAACUUGAGUUUACACUGGUAGAAUGUAUUCAGCUGUUGUGGAGUUUUACUCGUUUUCUAUGGUAUUAUUAUUGUUUAUUUUCAAAUUUAAUGUAGUUAACUAAAGUUCGAAACACAGAAGAGUGAACAGUUUGCAACCCUCGUCCGUUUACUAUACUGGAUUAAAAAUAAACUGUCAAAUUUACUGUUAUACUUUGUGAGUAAUAUGGCAUCCUCUGGGUCAGACAAAUGCAUGAGUAAAAAGAAAACAGAAAAGAAAUUUGCUGCACGAGAAGAAGCAAAACUGCUAGCUAAUUUUAUGGGAAUUAUGAACAGUAUGCGAAGACAGAAAAUCCUGUGUGACGUGGCAUUGGUAGUACGAGAAAGAAGAAUCCCAGCUCACCGUGUUGUCCUUGCUGCUGCAAGCCACUUUUUCAACUUAAUGUUCACUACAAACAUGAUUGAAUCAAAGUCUUUCGAAGUGGAGCUUAAAGAUGCAGAACCUGAAAUAAUUGAACAGCUAGUGGAAUUUGCGUACACUGCAAGAAUAUUUGUCAACAGCAACAAUGUCCAGUCUCUCUUGGAUGCAGCAAACCAAUACCAGAUUGAACCAGUAAAGAAGAUGUGUGUUGACUUCCUCAAGGAACAAAUUGAUGCAUCUAAUUGUUUAGGUAUAAGUGUAUUGGCAGAAUGCCUUGACUGUGUCGAUCUGAAGGCAACUGCAGAUAAUUUUAUCUAUCAACAUUUCACCGAAGUCUAUAAAACAGAUGAAUUCUUGCAAUUGGAUAUGAAACGUGUAACACAUUUGCUGAACCAGGACACCUUAACAGUGCGAGCUGAGGAUCAGGUUUAUGAUGCAGCUGUCAGGUGGCUGAAGUAUGAUGAGCCUAACCGCCAGCAGUACAUGGUUGACAUUCUUGCCAAAGUCCGAUUUCCUCUCAUAUCCAAGAACUUCUUAAGUAAAACUGUUCAGUCUGAACCACUCAUACAGGACAAUCCUGAGUGUCUCAAGAUGGUAAUUAGUGGAAUGAGGUACCAUCUCCUUUCACCAGAGGACAGAGAAGAACUAGGAGAAAGUACCAGGCCACGAAGAAAAAAACAUGAUUAUCGCAUUGCUCUGUUUGGAGGCUCACAGCCACAGUGCUGCCGCUAUUUUAAUCCAAAGGACUAUAGCUGGACGGAUAUUCGAUGUCCUUUUGAAAAGCGCAGGGAUGCAGCUUGCGUAUUUUGGGAUAAUGUGGUGUACAUUCUUGGUGGCUCCCAGCUUUUUCCCAUUAAACGAAUGGAUUGCUACAAUGUGGCAAAGGAUAGUUGGUAUUCCAAACUGGGACCUCCGACCCCUCGAGACAGUUUGGCAGCUUGUGCUGCAGAAGGAAAAAUCUAUACAUCUGGAGGGUCAGAAGUGGGAAACUCUGCCUUAUGUUUGUUUGAAUGCUAUGAUACCCGGACAGAGAGCUGGCAUACGAAGCCCAGCAUGCUGAAUCACCGCUGUACACAUGGUAUGGUGGUGGCAAAUGGCAAGAUCUAUGUUUGUGGUGGAAGUUUAGGCAAUCAUGUUUCAGGAAGAGUGUUGAACUCCUGUGAAGUUUAUGACCCAGCAACUGAAACGUGGACUGAAUUGUGCCCUAUGGCAGAAUCAAGGAAAAACCAUGGGUUGGUGUUCAUGAACGACAGAAUUUAUGCAGUUGGUGGUCAGAAUAGUACAGGCAGCCUAGACAGUGUUGAAUAUUAUGACAUUAAGAUGAAUGAAUGGAAGAUAGUCUCGCCAAUGCCCUGGAAGGGUGUGACAGUAAAGUGUGCAGCAGUGGGCUCUGUAAUUUACGUCCUGGCCGGAUUUCAGGGUGUUGGUCGUUUAGGACACAUACUCGAGUACAACACUAACACUGACAAAUGGAUUGCCAACUCCAAAGUUCGAGCAUUCCCUAUCACUAGCUGUUUGAUAUGUGUUGUUGACACCUGUGGAGCAAAUGAGGAAACCCUUGAAACAUGAAUCUUUUUUUCUUUGGACCAGUUAAUGUUUCCAGGGGGAAAGUAGUGACCCUGGAUAGCAGCAUUGCUUUAACUUCUGAAAUGUUCUGAAGCUGUUUACGUUCUGAGACAAGAAGAUGGAUAAUGUGUAUGAUCAUUUCACUGAUGUUCUGUUGCUUUCCUCAUUGAGAUGUGUAGAACAGAUGCUUCUAUGUAAGAUACGUACCACAGGUACAGACUGAAUCCCAAACAAAGGAAGUAAUGUACAUAUGUAUGUAAGACCUAAUGUUUUUUUUCCUACAGAUUUACUUAAUUUUUGUCUGUAGAAAUUAUUGUACUUUGUUUUUAUCAUAUGUAUGUUUUUUAUGCAAUUUCUUUUAUCACUGUAUAUAUACAAAACUUGGGACAUAAAAACUCUCUAUGCCAAGUGUUUUGUUAUUAGAUUUAACAUUAAAAGUUGUAUUAUGAU